AUGUCGACCGAGUCCCAGAUCCGUCAAAACUAUGCCAGCGACUUCGAGGCUGCUUUGAACAAACAAAUUAACAUUGAAUUGUACGCUUCGUAUGUCUACUUGAGCAUGGUAAGUUGAACUAUAUUUUGGUUGCGUUAUUAGGAAGUUAAGCCACUUAUUCGAUUGUUUUGUAACAUAUGUCUGGUACCUAACUUAACAUUUUCAGUCUUUCUACUUUGACCGCGACGAUGUUGCCCUGCCAAACAUUGCCAAAUGGUUGAAGAAGCAAUCAGAUGAGGAGAGAGAACACGCCCAAGCCUUCAUGAAGUAUCAGAACACUCGUGGUGGACGUAUCGUACUCAAGAGCAUUCAGAAGCCAGAGAAGGACGACUGGGGAUCGGCCUUGGAAGCCUUCCAAGCUGCCUUGGCUUUGGAGAAGUACAACAAUCAGUCGCUUUUGGACUUGCACAAGAUUGCCGAUGAGGCCAACGAUGUUACAGUAAGUGUUUUACUGUAGUGUAGAUUGGGACGAUGUAAAACUUAUAUAAUUUAAGCUUUAAAAGCUUAUUUUAUGUUUUUUUUAUGUUGUUCUUCAUUUUCUGUUUACUUUUUGAUUAAUACUGGGUUUAUAUAGUCGUUUAAAUGGCAUAACUACAAUAGAUUAUAUUAAUUUUGAUUCUUUUAGGCCUGCGAUUUCUUGGAAGGAAAGUUCCUGCAAGAACAAGUUGAAUCCAUUGAAGAAAUCGGCAAAAUCGUCACGAAUCUGAAGCGAUGCGGCAAGGGCGUUGGAGAAUUCAUGUUCGACAAGGAGUUUGAAUAA